CAAAUUUUAGUUUCUAAUCAAAAUCAACUCAAUUUGGUAUUGGUGGAUUUUGGUACAUAUAAUAUCAAUUACUGAAAUCUUACCUUGUAGCUUCUAUAGAAAGCAAAAAGAAAUAUGUAACGUUUAUACUUCGAUAACAGGAAAAAAAACUAAUUAAGUUCUCACAUUAUGUAUAAAAGGAGUGAGAAGCUCUUAAGUCGAAGUUUUGGAUGUGGAACAUUUUUUAUGUAUUCAAAAUUAUAUUACAACAGUUUAUCCAAUGGGCCACUGUCUCAGCUGUUUCAAAUCUCAAGCUAAUGCUGAAAUAAGAAGUAUCACAGGACCCCACGCAAAAAAUGAUGAGGUGACAGAUAUAUCUGUUUCUGUGUCAGUUUAUCCUCAAGUGGAGCCCCUUUUAAGUACUAGUGAAAAUAAUUUGAAUACAAACAUGAAUAACUUGAAAGUAUUGAACUCUUUUGGUGAACAAAGUUCAUGUGAUCCAUUAAAUGUGCAGAAAAACUUAGUUUGUGAAAAAACUCCUAAACUAUUCAACCCAAAGUUACCAUCAAUUCCACGGACAAUGUCAUCACUAGGAUCAAGUGAGAAGAUAUCAGAAACCAAAAUAAAUCUGUUAUUUAACCAAUAUAAAGAUUCUAUAGAAGACGCUAUCUUAGCAGAAGGCAUUGAAAAUCUAUGUAAUGACCUUAAUUUAAGUCCUGAUGAUUUUAAAGUUUUAAUAUUGGCAUGGAAGUUAAAUGCUAGUCAAAUGUGUAGAUUUACAAAGUCCGAGUUUGUUCAAGGCCUAAAAAAUAUGAAAACUGAUUCAAUUAAAGGUAUACAACACAAAUUAGGUGACAUAUCUGUUGAAAUGCAAAGAGAACCAGAGCAAUUUAAGGAUUUGUAUAGAUUUACCUUUAAGUUUGGGCUAGAUGUUAGUUCUGGACAAAGAAUCUUACCUUCAGAUAUAGCUAUUGUUUUGUGGCGCUUAGUUUUCACAAAUAAUGAGCCUCCAAUCUUGGAUCGAUGGCUGAAUUACCUUGAGAAGAACCCACAAAUCAGAGGCAUUCCAAAAGAUACAUGGUACAUGUUUUUAAAUUUUUGUGAGUUUGUUGGAAAUGAUCUCAGCAGCUAUGAUGACACGGAAGCAUGGCCCAGUUUGUUUGAUGAUUUCGUUGAAUAUGAAAAUGAUCAAGUUAAUCAAAAUGUAACCAAAAGCAGCAUAAAAAUUCAAUUAAAGGUCUGUCAAAUCCAGCAGUAGGUACUUUGUAGGUUGGUACUUAAGUAUGAUAUUGAGACUGAUGAAAGAAUAUUUGUUCAAUAUUGGUAGUUAGCCUUAUUUCACUAAAUUAGUAGAUUAUAAAUGUGAAUUUAAUAUUAAGUAUGUCUGGAUUAAAGACUGAGUGAUGUUUGAUGAAAGAAGUUAUUGUGAAUAUAAAAAAGCUCUAUGUUGAUUUAUUCUUAAUGUAUUG